UUGAUCAUGAUGGGGAUGGUCAUAAACCUCCAGUCCCAAGUGCUGUCAAAAUGGUAAUGGACUUUGUAGAGAGAAACCUUGAUGACCUUAUCAAGCGCUGGGCUAGGAAGAUCGAGUAUGAUGUCUGCUUUCUGUGCCCAACGUGCAGUAAGAAGACACUGCUUAAACACAGCUUCAAGUGGAAGUCACUCAAAUGUGGAGAACAUACGAUCCGUACAGCUGCAGUUAAGUCAAGGUUUGGUAUGAGUGAGGAAGGAGUGGAAACAGGAAACAAGAGUCCAAUGAUGCCUAAAAGAUCAAAACAACUGCAAGAUGCAUCAAGUUCACAGACAGUGCAGACAUCACAUCCAAGUACAGGUGAAACUCUGGACACUUCGCAACUUUUGAUGAAGGAGAUUUUGACUGACAUAUUUUUGCUGACAUUGUCACAGAAGAUUAAUCUUGUGAAUGUCCCCGCAGUGAACUUUAGCCUAUACCUUGGAUUCAGCGCAGCCGAUGGCACUGCCGCAGCGGUGGCGGCCAAUGUCGCCCUGAAUCCACAGAGCGCAUUCAAUACUCUCUUGUCCAAGUUUGUUAUGACGAAUGGACGGAAGAGUAAUAGUGCUCUGAAUCUGAGGAAGAGAUUUCUAGACAAUGAAAUGAAGGACUGUGCUGAUGUCAUCAAAGCAGAAUUAGAGGGGUUUGGAAUUCUUGUCCCUUCAGGCGAAGAAACACUCGUGGAUACACCUGUAUUCAUCCCGUCCUCUACUGGGGGCACACCAGAUGGGAUUCUUUGA